CAAGAGCUGUCAACAUCCUCUGACCUAGUUCUUGAAUUUAUUUUCUCAUUCUUUUCCUCCUCUCUCAGCCGCCGCUGCCCAUACUGCAGCCGCCGCUUCCUUGCCACCGUCGUGCCCGUGCUUGCGCUGCCAGCCCUUCCUGCCGCCGCCAUUGCACUGCCGCCACCGAUCGUCCACCAUUUUUUUCCCCUCUCCUGCGCGAGCCUCCCAAUGUCGCGCCUUUCCGCUGCUCCUUCUCUCCCUUUCUGGACAAACCCGCAACCGCCGGCCCCGUCCACCCUCAGGCAACCACCAGUGCUGCCACCCUCCCCCUUCCGGCCGCCGCUCGCCCAGCCAGUCGCCGCCAGCAACCACCAGGUCUGGUCCCUCUGCAAUCGGGUCCCCAAACCCGUGCCAGAUCCGUGAAGAGUGCCCAACGUGACAACCCAGUCACGUGCAUCCCCACAUCCCGGUUUUUUCAGAAAAACCCGGUUCAACUGAAUCGGCCCCUGAACCCGGUUCACUUAUUUCCGGUUCACCAGACCAGUAACUAAAAAAAAAACAGCAUUUGCUCCUCUCAGUUAUUCUUUUUCCCCUAUCAUGUCUACCACCGCAUCCUCGGAUCCCACACCCGUGGCCACCUCCACUCCUACGGUGGUCACUACGGUGACUCCUCAUAUCCCGCCGACCAAGCUUGACUUUCACCCGGCUCUCGUCGUUUCGAACAUUAGGAAUAACAUUCCUAUUAUGCUGGACAUGGAGACUGAUCGCUAUGACACCUGGGCGGAGCUUUUCCGCAUUCAUGCACGUUCCCAUCGGGUUCUACAUCACAUUGUCCCUGCUGCAGAUAAGCCUCAUCCACCAGUCAUAGACCCUAGUUAUGAGAAGUGGGCCACUCUGGAUGCCACAGUCCUUCAGUGGAUUUUUUCCACCAUUUCUGUUGACCUGAUGACUACCAUCAUGGAGCCUAACUCCACUGCUCUCACUGCUUGGACGCAUUUGGUGGAACUAUUUCAGGAUAAUCAGAACGCUCGUGCUGUCCCCCUAGAGCAGGAGUUCUCUACUGUUCGCAUGGAGGCAUUUCCGACUGUUGCCGCCUACUGUCAGCGUCUGAAGACGCUUUCUGACCAGCUCCGUGAUGUCGGGGCUCCUGUGAACAAUCAUCGUCUGGUAUUGCAGCUCAUCUCCGGCCUCACUGAUGCUUACAGGGGUGCUGCCACUUUGAUUCGCCAGAGCAAUCUGCUCCCCUCGUUUCAUCAGGCUCGCUCCAUGCUUACCUUGGAGGAAGCCGGUAUGGCUAAGAUGAAACCUGUUGAGCCUCCUGCUGCCUAUGUUGCUACUCAGCCGCGUCCUUCUGAUGCCUCUUCUCAGAGCUCUGAUCGUCGGUCCUCCAACCGUUCUCGAUCCCACAACUCUAAGGGUCGUGGAGGGAAUCGUGGCAAAGGUGGUAGAUCCCGCAGUGGCACCUCUCAGGGCUCCUCUUCUUCGAUGCCACCUCGGCCGCAGUACAUUCUGUACCAGCAUUGGGGAUGGGCACGACCUCCAUGGGCCAUGCCUCCGUGCCCAUACCCUACCUCUCAGUGGACUCGUCCUUCUGCACCUCCUCAGCAACCCGACAUUUUGGGCCCGCGUCCUCAGGCUUAUGCUGCAUCAGCCACAUCCGUGUCCACUGACAUUGCCACUGCAAUGCACACCAUGACACUUGCUCCUCCGGACAGCACCUGGUAUAUGGACACUGGAGCAUCAUCUCAUGUAGCAGCAUUACAAGACGGGGAUUCCACUCAUGAGAUGUAAUAGUCCUGGCGAUCUCUACCCAAUCACUCCGUCUUUUCCAUUUGCUGGUCUAGCUCAGAGUCUCUGGCACAGUCGUCUUGGUCAUCCUAGUUCUUCUGCCUUGCAGUCUCUUCGUAGCAAUAAGUUCAUUAGUUAUGAGCAUUUAAAUUCUAGCACAGUUUGUGAGUCGUGUGUUUUUGGCAAACAUGUUAGGUUGCCAUUUGUUUCUUCUAAUAAUGCUACUGUGAUGCCUUUUGACAUUUUACACAGUGAUUUGUGGACUUCGCCUGUUUUGCCUUCUGCGGGUCAUCGGUAUUAUGUAUUAUUCUUAGAUGAUUUUACAGAUUUCCUGUG